AUGAUGGACUUCGUUAAUCUUCUCUUUUACAGUUCAAUCACAUUUCCAAUAGCUAAUGAUCAACAAUUUGGUCCUAUUGAAUCUCUUAUUAUUGAGCAUUCUUGUACUUUAAAUGAUCUUAUCUCUUUAAUAUCUUAUACACCACAACUUCAUCAUUUAGCUGUUUAUAAACCUGACAAAAAUGAUCCAAAUGCUCAAAUUUUCUUGUUAAUAAACUUAUCUAAUGUAAAAUCAAUUCAUUUGGAUAUGUAUCAAAUAACAGUUAAUGAAUUAGAAAUAUUCUUAACCAAAAUAUCUUCAAAUUUAAAAAUCUUAUCAAUUAAUUGUUCAAAUGAUAUAACAUUUCUUGAUGAUCAUCGAUGGAAAAGUUUAGUUUCACAUAAUUUUCUUCAAUUAGAAAAAUUCUAUUUUAUAACAUUUUUAUCAUAA